UGCAGUCCACCAUGUUGAUGUACACCCUGGUACUGGUGCACGUCGUCCUUGCCAUUUGCCAUGGCUCCUUUGCCGAGAAAAUGAUGCGGCCCAAAUUCAAGGACAUCAAGAUCUGGAGCGACGAAAAGUUCGUCAGCCACAAGGUGGUAUACGACAGCAACGACCCACACCUGAACUUCUCCAUGGAGGUGCACCAGGAUCUGCACGACGUGGACAUUCACCUGGAGGUGCGCAUCGGCAACAAGCAGGACUCGCUCUACACCACCACCCUAAACUCCACCCUAAACGUGUGCCGCAUCCUGGGCUUCGCCAACAAGUCGCCGGUUGGGCGCUUUGUGCACGGCUUCAUCCGCGAGUUCGGCAACAUCGUCGAGAACUGCCCCAUCGCCAAGGGCUCCUACUUCAUCAACAAGUUCUGGUGGCCCGAGGACCCGACCACCGCCAUGCUGCCGGAGCUGGAGUUCGAGAUCGUCUGGCAGGCCAUGCUCCUGGACGCCAGCAAGAAGCGCACUCUGAUCAUGAACGAUCACUUCGGGGGGGAGUUCGUCGUCCAAGACGUCAAUAACCUCAAGCCCGGCAUCUUCGCAAUGCUGCCCAAGAUCGCUUAAAAGCUCUGCCCCGCUCGUCUCCCUGCCCUGGGAUGAGCCAUCCCGAUUUGUCGCGUGUCCCAAUGGUAUUUACUUCAUGUUGUUCAGUGUCACUUUGGUG